ACUUCCUACUAGAGAAGUAUGAAUGCCAACGCUUUAUUCGUUGAAUGAGCUGUUUUUGUGUAUUGAUCUGUUUAAAGAAUCAAGGACGCGUUGGACAGUAAUUUAAUUGAAGGACGUUAAUUUAAAUAAACGGUGUGAUAAAAUUACAACUUUGAAAAUAGUGGUCGGACUAUUCGGGGUGCAGAAGUCACAAUUACAGAUAAUUUGAACCAAAGAUAGGCGCAACACCACAGCCAUGGCUUUCGCCGGUCUAAAAAAGCAAAUCAACAAGGCCAAUCAGUAUGUCACAGAAAAGAUGGGAGGUGCCGAGGGCACAAAAUUGGAUUUGGACUUUGUGGAGAUGGAAAGAAAAACAGACGUCACUUGCGAGUUAGUGGAAGAGUUACAAACAAAAACGAAAGAGUUCCUGCAGCCGAACCCCACGGCUCGUGCAAAGAUGGCGGCCGUGAAGGGCAUCAGCAAACUGAGCGGGCAAGCUAAGAGCAACACCUACCCCCAGCCAGAGGGCGUGCUAGGCGACUGCAUGCUACUCUACGGCAAGAAACUUGGGGAGGACACCGUCUUCUCAAAUUGUCUCAUCGAGAUGGGCGAGGCUCUGAAGCAAAUGGCCGACGUAAAGUAUUCUCUGGACGACAACAUCAAGCAAAACUUCUUGGAACCUCUUCAUCAUUUGCAGACCAAAGAUCUUAAGGAAGUCAUGCAUCACCGAAAGAAACUACAGGGACGCCGGUUGGACUUCGACUGCAAACGACGAAGACAGGCGAAAGGAGCUCAUAUUGCAGACGAUGAAAUACGACAGGCCGAAGAGAAGUUUGCUGAGUCGCUACAACUGGCCCAGAUCGGCAUGUUCAACCUUCUUGAUAAUGACGUGGAGCAGGUCGCACAGCUCACGUUCUUCGCAGAGAGCCUACUCGAGUACCACCAACAAUGCACGGAGAUCCUCAAAGGACUCGUAUCUACGCUUAUGGAAAAGAAAGAGGAAGCGGUGAACCGUCCCAAGAUGGAGUUCGUACCUAAGACCCUAGCAGACCUGCACAUCGAGGGCAUCCACGACUUGAACAAUGGUAGGCGGUACGGUUCCACCCAGAGUUUGUCCCGUCCCCGCCAACAUAUCCCCCCUUCCUCCUCUGUCGGCGACCUCAGCACCACUGAUCCUUUCAAGGCUUGGGAAGCACCCUCACCCGUCAGAACCCAAGUUAGGCCAGCGCCAGGGUUCAAACCGCACCCAGCCCCACGGAAUCAGUUCAAUGGAAGGGACCCCUGGACAGGUGACUUCAGUUUUAUUUGCCGGGUUAUUUAUGUUUGGUUUUGGUUGUGGAUUGCGGGUCAUGGUGGCGGUACGUGGUGGAAGGCAGUCCAUGGUCGAAAUCUGACUUGCACAUAACACAUUUCAUUGAGGACAUUACGCACGCUUGGGGCACAUGGCGACGUACCUCGGCACUUUACUGCGACGGACUAAUAAUACACUAUAUCACUCAUAACUAACCGCAGCGUACAUAAAGUCGCGAAUCUCUGGGAAGAGAAAUCGUAAAAUGUGGGUAAUUUAGGAUUUGGCACCGCUCUGUGCGAUAUAUCAUACAGCUGUCAAGGUGACUGCAUUCAUUUUAGAAACAAAUUAAUAAAACGUUUAGUUAG